UAUUGACCUUUAAAAAUCACACCGUUGUCAUCAGAGGUUAUUUGAGCAGCUUACACUGACAAGGAAACUUUAUUACGACAGACCGUGAUCGAAAAUCCUUUAGUCCGUAACAAUGUCUCAUCAAAAGACCGAAGUGGUUUCCAAGUCCAACGAAUUAACUUUUCUGAGGACAGUGGAUUUGGAAUGCUGUAUUUGGUGAGUUGAAUAUCAUUGCUGGCUGUCAUAUUUUGCCAUCGUUUUUGUUACCGCUCAUUUCCAGUGCUAUUAUACCGCCACAUUCCUUUUCAGUUAUAGCAUCGUGUCAAGGCCCGUUACCCUUGCCUGUGGGCACUCUGGCUGCAAAAAUUGCAUGGAAACUUGGGCAGAAUCGACAGCCACACCGUUGUGUCCCCAGUGUCGGGCAACGUUCCGAAAAGAAGAGCUGAGGUUAAAUGUGGCAAUGGAUAAGGCGACCCGAGAUUUGCCUGUUAAAUGUAACAGCCAAGGCUGCCAGUGGAAGGGCAACUAUAGCGAUGCCAACGAUCACCUCAGACAUUGCCCAAAAGUACGAGAGAGGUGCCCCAACGAAGGAUGCCAGCACGUGGCGGCACGGGAAGAAAUGACAGCACACGCUUGCCCAAAAGAAAGGAUCGCAUGUUCAGGAUGCCAACUGAGCGUAACCAGGGAAAGACUCCAAUUCCACCGUACAUCUUUAUGCAGAAACUCUGCAGUUCUAUGCCCCUUGAGAUGUGGAGCAUCAUUACCACGAAUGAACAUCAACCUACAUCUACACAAAUGCCCAGAGAAGGCUUCAAUGUGCCAAGUACCUGGCUGCAAAAAAAUUGUGAAAAAGAAGGACAUGAAUGUCCAUUUGAAGGAAGCAAGUACCUCGCAUUUUGCGCUCCAAUCAGGAGAAAUCAAACGACUGCGAGGAAUAAUAUACUACAAGAAAUGCAACAUAGAACCCAUAGAGCCCAAAGUGGAAAGGGUUGUCUCCUUUUGCUGGAGAAUUCCAAAUUUUGUGGAGAGCAGGAGACAACAAGCUUCAGAUGCCAUUGGAGACAAGCCCCUUACAAGUGGGCCAUUUAUAGAUGACAACUGCAGAUGGAGAGGACUGUACUCCGGACAACAAAAAUUGUUCCUGCAGCUGCUCUCAGCAUUCCAUCCAGUUACUGGGGAAAUUCAAAUUGUAAUGGCCCCUGGAAGUGACAAUGAACAAGUGCUAGACUUGGACAUAGUGUCCCUGAAGGAAGGAGAAAUGUGGGGUAGGAGGAUACCAAAUGUGGACAGUCUACUGGACGGAAAUGGCAGCCUUGAUGUUAAAUUUAUUAUUUACUACUUCAACUUGUACUAAUUUCAUGAACAGGUCAUAAAAUGUUCAAUUCAGUUAUUAUUAUUUUUAUUAACCUCUUACUUAACAGUCAUAAAUUUCUUGCUUAUUUUUUUUGUCAUGACUGCAAAUUAAGAAUAUGGUUUUUGCAGUCUAUAAAGAGGGUUGGGUCAGGCCGUUUAAAAACUAAGGUUAAAUCAACAAGCAUUGAUUAUUUUGUUAAAAGUGAACUGUUGCAGUUGUUUAAUGGCUUUUUGGUGGAUCUAUUAACACAUUCAUAACUGGAUUGAACAUUUUAAGACCUGUUAAUAAUGGAAACCUCUUUGCUCUCAACUAUCAAACCAAUUCCUGAAAAUUACUCACUUUUCACAAAAUUGGCAAAUCUGUCUUCAUCUAGCAACAUUUAAUCAAUCUGGAUUCAAAAAUACAUUUCUCUCACUGAUAAACACAGCUUGAACUGUACUUUAGCUUCUUUUAACAAUUACAGUAGCCCGCCACACUUUCUUAAUUUCGUGAAAUGUCGUCAAUCAACCAUGGUCUCUGAUAAUGCAUAUGUUCAGUAUAGUUAAUAAUAUUCUUCUUAAUAUUUGAUUGCAAGGGAUGAACAUUCAUUACUUUUCAGACUUUUUUUUUGUCAUAUUCUCCAAAAGAUUUUCAUAUUUCAUUAGAGUUCUGUUCCUUUUCCUUGUUACAAAAGACGAAUUAAAAUAGAAACACGAAAGUGUAUUGAGCUCAUAUAAU